AUGGGGCAGAAGGGCUGCUCUGGGGGGACGGCUGACGAGGGUGCGGCGUGCGUGCUUGCAGUCGCUCUGUGUCGCGUCCCGACCUCGAUGUGUCGCGGCGCGGCGGCGAGGCGCAUCAUCUUGCGUGUCAUGUGCGCGCGCGCAAUUCGAGAGAGAGAGAGAGAGAAAGAGCGCGCUGGAGGAAGGGCCCGUCACGUCUGCAGCGCACACGGGCUCCCAUCCCAUCCCAUCUCUACCAGCUCAGUAGUCGGCCACGCUGGCAGCGAGCCCGAGCCAGAGCCCGCGCCCGCGCCCGAGCCCGUCAACGUCAAAUCUAUUCCAUCCAUCUACGUGCCCUUGGCCUGCCCUUCUCUCACUGUGUACUGA